CUGAAGGUUGCGGCUCCUCCCUCCGGAGCGCCCAGCUGUUGUUGUCAGAUAAAUCUGUCAGCGGUUGCUGGACGUUGAGAAGCUCUGCUAAAGUGUUUAUCUUUCAACAAGUGGACAGCCUGAGCGCCCAUGGCCUCAGCAGGAGCCCCCCCUCAGGGAGCCACCCCAAUGGCCACCAAGGUAGAGCUGACCGUCUCCUGUGACAACCUCCUGGACAUGGACGUCUUCUCAAAGUCCGACCCGCUGUGUGCUCUGUACAUCAAGACGUCGGGAUCACAGUGGUACGAGUUUGGCCGCACAGAGAUGAUCCUGAACUGUCUGAAUCCAAGGUUUGCGAAGAAGUUUGUUCUCGACUACUAUUUCGAGAUGGUGCAGAGCCUGAAGUUUUGCGUGUACGACAUCGACAAUAACACCUAUAACCUGGACGAUGACGACUUCCUGGGGGAGCUGGAGUGCACCCUGGGCCAGAUUGUGUCCAACAAGCAGAUGACUCGACCUCUGCUGCUGAAAAACAAGAAGUACGCAGGUCACGGCACAAUCACAAUCGCUGCUGAAGAAAUAACAGACAACAGAGUGGCAAACUUUGAAGUUUCUGCACGAAAACUGGACAAAAAGUGUUUGUGGUGGUCCGAUCCUUUCCUGGAAUUCUUCAAGCAGACGGAGACCGGAUGGCAGCUGGCUCACAGGACAGAGUUUGUAAACAACAACUUGAAUCCCAUGUGGAGACCCUUCCGCAUCUCGCUGCGAGCCCUCUGUGGAGGAGAUGCAGAGAAACCCGUAAAGGUCGACUGCUACGACCACCGCUUCAGCGGCUCCCACGAGCUCAUUGGGAGUUUCCAGACCACGUUAGCAGAGAUGCAAUUGGGGACUCACAUUUCGCCGGCUGAGUUCCAGUGUAUUAACCAAAAGAAGAAAGCGAAGAAGGCAAACUAUAAAAACUCUGGGGUCGUCUGCAUCAAGCAGUGCCAGGUGGUUAAAGAAUUUACCUUCCUGGAUUAUAUCAUGGGCGGCUGCCAGAUCAACUUCACGAUCGCCAUCGACUUCACGGGCUCCAACGGGGAUCCCAGCACUCCCCAGUCGCUCCACUACAUCAACCCCGACGGCUACAACGAAUACCUGGCAGCCAUCUGGGCCGUGGGCAACGUCAUCCAGGACUACGACAGCACUAAGAUGUUCCCGGUGUUUGGUUUCGGAGCUCAGGUCCCUCCAUCCAGGCAGGUUUCGCACGAAUUUCCCGUCAACUUCAAUCCGUCCAACCCGUUCUGUGCAGGUAUCGAAGGCGUGGUGCAGGCCUACCAGCAGUGUCUCCCUCAGCUGAAGCUCUGGGGCCCCACCAACUUCUCUCCCAUCAUCAACCACGUGUCCUGCUUCGCCCGGCAAGCCAUGGCGCAGAAAAUGGCCGCACAAUACUACGUGCUGCUCAUCAUCACGGACGGCGUGAUCACCGACAUGGACCUGACGCGCACCGCCAUCGUGCAGGCCUCCCGCCUGCCCAUGUCCAUCAUCAUCGUGGGCGUCGGAGCAGCAGACUUCGGCGCCAUGGAGUUCCUGGACAGCGACGACAAGCUGCUGGCCGCCCCCACCGGCGACAUCGCCUCCAGAGACAUCGUCCAGUUCGUGCCUUUCCGGCAGUUCCAGGGCAGCAGCGUGGCUCUGGCCCAGAGCGUCCUGGCAGAACUUCCUGAUCAGCUCACUUCCUUUUUCAACUCUUACAAAUUGAAGCCUCCCAAAAUGUUUGGCGUUUCAGAACCGUCCUAAAAGAAACCCCAAAAAACACCAACAACUGUCCGCAGCACCUCAGGUGUACUUGUUGUCUUGUGUCAGCUCCAGCUGAUUUCUGUAUUUUAUGCAUGCAGAGGAUGUAAACGUGGACACUAACACUCAGAAAAAGCAGCGAGGAGUUAGUUCAGAAUGUAAUUUAACUUGAGUUUGAAAAAUGAGCGUCCUCUGUAACUGAAGUAACCAAACACAAAAUAUUCAUACUGUUCAUGAGAAAUUUUUAUUCUGACAACUUUUCAUUUUACUUAAAUUUUAUUAAAUUAUGGGUUUUCUUUUUCAGAAUGUUUAAAAAAUCAACCAACCAAAGUCAGCACCACAAAGAACUUCAGGAUCCCUUAAGAAAAGUCAUUGUAUGUGUCUGUGAAGUUGAAUCCAGUAAUUAAUUUGAACUUUGUUUCCUGACUGCAUUUCAAAACUGGUAUGUUUUCACUUAAAGGGAAUUAAUCAGAAUGUCUUUUUUUCAUGUAACAGCAUGUACAGCAUGAUAACACAAUGGAAGCAUAAUCUACAAAUGUCUGAGGUGUGUUUGUGUGUGUGUGUGUGUGUGUGUGUGUGUGUGUGUGUGUGUGUGUGUGUGUGUGUGUGUGUGUGUGUGUGUGUGUGUGUGUGUGUUGUUUGAUUGGAUCUGCUUCGCCCCUCUCGGUGAGCAGUGCAGCGGGUGACAAUGUUCACACUCACCAGCACGUAUUAUUGCCAUAUGAUGAUGUGAAGUAACAGUUUAGCCAUUUUGUUUUUAUAUACCUGUAUAAGUGUCAAUAUCUGCUUGUCACAUUAAUUCUGUGAAUGAUUUUCAGGCGCCCAUUCAUCAGUGACUAAUAAGUUAUAACGCAUUUCUAACAUUCAGACUUAAAGCUGAAGGACUGUGUAAUGUGGACUGCAGAGCUGGGAUGUUUUCUUCCCCCGUGUUCAUUGUUUUUUCAGUUUGAACUAAUAAAAUAGACUAAGCUACUA